CGCGAACGUGGCCGCCAUCUUUGAGGUGUCAGAGGUUCGGAGGGCGCAGGGUGGGAGCGGCUGGCAGGGCUGUGAGCGCGGAGUGCGAGACUCUCAGGUACCAGCACCCAGCACCCCGGGGCAGCGGCCACCAGUAUGACACGGCACUGUACAGGUAAGCGGGGUCCGCCUCAUACCGGGCUCCCUGUAUGGACUGCAGGGACUGCUCCCACACAGACACUAACAGUAUGGGAGAGACAGAGACAGACAGACACCGGCAAAGCACAGACACUAACAGUAUGGGAGAGACAGAGACAGACAGACACCGGCAAAGCACAGACACUAACAGUAUGGGAGAGACAGAGACACCGGCAAAGCACAGACACUAACAGUAUGGGAGAGACAGAGACACCGGCAAAGCACAGACACUAACAGUAUGGGAGAGACAGAGACACCGGCAAAGCACAGACACUAACAGUAUGGGAGAGACAGAGACAGACAGACACCGGCAAAGCACAGACACUAACAGUAUGGGAGAGACAGAGACACCGGCAAAGCACAGACACUAACAGUAUGGGAGAGACAGAGACAGACACCGGCAAAGCACAACUAUGGGCUGUCUGUUAGAGACACUAACAGUAUGGGAGAGACAGAGAGAGAGAGAGAGAGAGACAGACAGACAGACACUGGCAAAGCACAAACAGUAUGGGAGAGACAGAGACAGAGACACCGGCAAAGCACAGACACUAACAGUAUGGGAGAGACAGAGACAGAGACACCGGCAAAGCACAGACACUAACAGUAUGGGAGAGACCAGAGACAGACAGACACCGGCAAAGCACAGACACUAACAGUAUGGGAGAGACCAGAGACAGACAGACACCGGCAAAGCACAGACACUAACAGUAUGGGAGAGACCAGAGACAGACAGACACCGGCAAAGCACAGACACUAACAGUAUGGGAGAGACAGAGACACCGGCAAAGCACAACUAUGGGCUGUCUGUUAGAGACACUAACAAUAUGAGAGAGAGAGAGACACAGAGAGAGAGAGAGACACACACUGGCAAAGCACAAACAGUAUGGGAGAGACCACAGCGAGACACACAGACACAGCCAGAGAGACACAGAGAGAGAGAGAGAGAGAGAGAGAGAGAGAGAGAGAGACACACACCGGCAAAGCACUAAUAGUAUGGGAGAGUCCACAGACAGAGAGAGACAGACACCGGCAAAGCACUAAUAGUAUGGGAGAGACCAGAGAGAGAGACAGACACCGGCAAAGCACUAAUAGUAUGGGAGAGACCACAGACAGAGAGAGAGAGACAGACACCGGCAAAGCACUAACAGUAUGGGAGAAACCACAGCGAGACAGAGACACAGACAGAGAGAGAGAGAGAGACACAGACACCGGCAAAGCACUAAUAGUAUGGGAGAGACCAGAGAGAGAGAGACAGACACCGGCACCAACAGUAUGGGAGAAACCACAAAGGAGACAGAGACAGACAGAGAGAGAGAGAGAGACACAGACACCGGCAAGCAAAGCACUAAUAGUAUGGGAGAGACCAGAGAGAGAGAGACAGACACCGGCAAAGCACUAAUAGUAUGGGAGAGACCAGAGAGAGAGAGACAGACACCGGCAAAGCACUAAUAGUAUGGGAGAGACCACAGACAGAGAGAGAGAGACAGACACCGGCAAAGCACUAAUAGUAUGGGAGAGACCACAGACAGAGAGACAGACACCGGCAAAGCACUAAUAGUAUGGGAGAGACCACAGAGAGAGAGAGACAGACACCGGCAAAGCACUAAUAGUAUGGGAGAGACCACAGAGAGAGAGAGAGACAGACACCGGCAAAGCACUAAUAGUAUGGGAGAGACCACAGAGAGAGAGAGAGACAGACACCGGCAAAGCACUAAUAGUAUGGGAGAGACCACAGACAGAGAGAGAGAGACAGACACCGGCAAAGCACUAAUAGUAUGGGAGAGACCACAGAGAGAGAGAGAGAGAGACAGACACCGCAAAGCACUAAUAGUAUGGGAGAGACCACAGACAGAGAGAGCAGACACCGCAAAGCACUAAUAGUAUGGGAGAGACCACAGACAGAGAGAGACAGACAAUCGCAAAGCACCACAGUAUGGGAGAGACCAGAGAGAGAUGACACCGCAAAGCACUAAUAGUAGGGCAAAGCACUAACAGUAUGGGAGAAACCACAGCGAGACAGAGAGAGACACAGACAGAGAGAGAGAGAGAGAGAGAGAGAGAGAGACAGACACUGGCAAAGCACUAACAGUAUGGGAGAGACCACAGACAGAGAGAGACACCGGCAAAGCACAACUAUGGGCUGUCUGUUAGAGACACUAACAGUAUGGGAGAGACAGACACCGGCAAAGUACUACUAUGGGCUGUGUCUAUUGCAGACACUAACAGUAUGAGAGAGACAGAUCAAGAGAGAGACACACAGAGAGAGAGAGAGACACACACAGACACCGGCAAAGCACUAACAGUAUGGGAGAGAGACAGAGAGAGAGAGAGACACACACACACACCGGCAAAGCACAAACACUAACAGUAUGGGAGAGACCACAGACAGAGAGAGAGACACUGGCAAAGCACAACUAUGGGCUGUCCGUUAGAGACACUAACAAUAUGGGAGAGACAGACACCGGCAAAGCAUAAACAGUAUGGGAGAGACCACAGCGAGACAGAGAGAGACACAGACAGAGAGACACAGAGACCGGCAAAGCACUAACAGUAUGGGAGAAACCACAGCGAGACAGAGACACACACACAGAGAGAGAGACACCGGCAAAGCACUAACAGUAUGAGAGAGAGACACAGACACCGGCAAAGCACUAACAGUAUGGGGGAGAGAGAGAGAGAGAGACACAGACACCGGCAAAGCACUAACAGUAUGGGGGAGAGAGAGAGAGAGAGAGAGACACAGACACCGGCAAAGCACUAACAGUAUGGGAGAGACCAGACAGACACCGGCCAAAGCACUAACAGUACGAGAGAGACAGAUACCGGCAAAGCACAACUAUGGUCUGUCUAUUAGAGACACUAACAGUAUGGGAGAGACGCAGAGAGAGAGAGAGAGAGACGCAGAGAGAGAGACCUGACUCCAGACAUAGAGAGAGACAGAGAGUGUGAGCUGCCACCAAAGUGGGACAGACUCAGUGAGCUGCCACCAGAGUGAAAGUGGAGCAGAGUAUUGGGAAUCCUAGAGAGACAGGCAGAGUCUGACCUGACCUCCAGGAAGACAGACAGAAUGGAAGAUAGUGACCUCAUCCCUGAGACAAGCAGAGUGCAAAAGAGUGACAUCGUCCUGAGAGUGUGAGAGGCAGGCAGAAUGAAAGUGUGUGACCUCCCCCCCCAUCCCACGAAGAUAGACAUGUAGAAUGCGACAGAGUCCUGAGUCUCAGAAAAUGAGCAGGAGUGGAGCCUGCAUGAGAGAGAGAGACCGGAUUCCACCGAGAUACACUCUGCGUUAGAGAAAGGCCUUAUGUCAGGGACAGAGGACUGCAUGAGAGAAAUAUGUUAUACUGAGUUUAUAUACUGAAUGUAAUUAUGCACAUCCACUAUAUCUGACAUAAAUGCACUGCUUAAUCUUGAACUUGUCUGUUCUAAAUCACCGAUUCCUGUGCACUCUUCUGAUUAAAUAUUGCCAGAGAAAGGAACACCUAUAAUUAUUAUUGGUUCUCUAUGUGAAGAUUGUAAUUAAUGUGGACUCUCUCAGAGAAACAAGCUAUACUCUGAGUGUAUGACGUGAGAACUUUAUGCCCAUUCAGCAUCUUAUUAAACCAGUCAUGUAGAACUGUUACAGUGCAGGAUACACUGCGUAAAGGAAAUAAACUGUUACACAGAGAAACCAGGUUUGAGGGCCCCGUCUCUGAGCUUACACUGUAAAUGGGUGGGAGAGAGGUGGGUACACAUGUUAAACACAAGGGAAACUAUUGUUGUGUUUAUACCUAGCAAAGGCCAUGCCGUCCCAGUAUGUGACAGAUGAAUGAAACCUGCUUUAUUUUAUCAUGUAGACAUUUACUAUCUGAUUGCACUAAUCAGCAGAGUGUAAAACAAACUGCAACUGUUUCCAUAAUAUUUCUAUAAGCCUUAAAAAGCACUAUAUGCUAAAAGCACUAUAUAGGUGGCUGCACCCCUCCACCCCCCUUGCCACAUUAAAUUGGAUAGAACUCUCCUUUACUCCAGGGCUACGUGGGUCUGCUGGAGUGGGGUUGGGCAAGUCAACACCAAUGCAUCUAUAUGGAUCAAGUUCAGCGUCCCCAUUCAAAGCUUGGAGACACUGCAUGUUGUUCAGCACUUGCUAAUGGAGCUCCUCUAGUGGCUAUCUGAGAGACUGCCACUGGAGGUGUCCCUAGGGAGCAUUGUAAACACCGCCUUUUCAAAGAAAAGGCAGUGUUUACAAUGAAAAGGCAGUCUUAACAUGAAAAUACCUGCAGGGACAGGCCAUAGAUAUCAGAACAAUUACAUUAAGCUGUAGUUCUUCUGGUGAUUUAUAGUGUCCCUUUUAAGUCCUAGGUUGGAUCUCAGAAUUGUGUAUCUGUUGGUUUGCACAUAUAUUAAUCAGACGCCAGACAUGCACACUAGUUCAGUGUGGCUACACAGCCUCCUUCACUGCAAUUAAAGGGACACUGUAGUCACCAAAAUAACUUGUCUAAGCAGUUUUGGUGUAUAGAUCAUGCCUCCUGCAGUCUCAUUGCUCAGUUCUGCACCAUCUAGGAGUUUAAUCACUUUGUUAAUGCAGCCCUAGCCACAACGCCCUGCAUGUGACUUUCACAGUCUUCCAAAAUGCUUCCUGUAAAGAGUGAUCUAAUGUUUACACUUCCUUUAUUGCAAAUUUCAUAUUCCUUAUCUCCUGCUCUGUUUAAUAGCUUGCUAGAUGCUACAGGAGGAUCCUGUAUGUAAUUCAAGUUCAAUUUACAGAGCAGGAGAUAAAAACUUGUAAGGUAAGUUAAAUCUGAUUGAAAUUGAGACUAUUUUAUUUUUAUACAGGCUGUGUGAGUCAUAGACAAGGGAGGUGUGGAUAGGGCUGCAUGGACAUCAACACAAGUGAUUUAACUCCUAAAUGGCAGUGAAACUUCAGAGGCAUGAUCUAUACACAAUACUGCUUCAUUAAGCUAAAGUUGUUUUGUUGACCAUAGUAUCCCUUUAAAAGUUCUUUUGUCCCUGGGAAGAUUUUAAAGCAGAACUGUUACCUCUGCGUUUCCUAGUGCCCUUUCGACAAGAAACACUAUUGGCACAUUUACAGAGAUGAGUUCUUUUGUUGAGGUAAUUAUUUUUUGUUAAAAUACAAGAAACAAACCUUCGAUGUUUAACAUGUUUAUAGCAACUUUGUUUCUGCAUGAUGAUCCACUCUUGGGUGCUUGGUUAUCUGUACAGAAAUACUGAACAAGGAGAAUCACAAUUGGCCAUUCCUUCAGUGGCAUUGUCACUGUGAAACUUAAUUUCUAAGAAAUUGGGUUUGUUUACAUUUUUCCGAGAACACUCCUCUCGUAGCUGUCAUACUGACAGCCAGCAGAGGCACUUCCUCCUUAUGAGCUUUGUAAAUCGAAGGUCUUCAUGUUUUGGUGUCAAACACAGUCAAUAUUUUCAAUUGAUUGAUUCCUUCUCCUUAAGUAUACAUUCUAAAACAACCAUUUUUUUUUUUUUUUUUUUGUAGAAAAGUGUAAACAGAGCCCUUUUUUAUAGUUUUUGAUUGGACUGUGCAUUUUCUCUAUAAUAUCAAGUUGUUGUUGUAGUGUGUGUUUUUUUUUUUUUUUUUUUUUUAAGAUUUUUUUUUGUAGCUCGCCGGCAGACAGUGAUCACAAUACAUAAGACAAUGCGGUUACAAUAAGGUCCUAGAAUGCACCUUACAAACAGCAUGUCAGUUGACAAGAUCAGAGGACCAAAGCUUUUAGCAGGUAGUCUCUAAAAAGUCAGCACUGGUGUAGAAAGUUAAAGUAUGAUUAUGGCUGGAUGUGUAAAUUCUUUGUCCAGGCAAGUUAGAUUGAGCAGCAGUUUGACAGAUAAUUGUAUAAAGUUAACUAUUAAAAAAAUAAAAUAAAAAAUCAAUGUAUAUCAUUAAGUUAGUUUCAUUACCUGUGAUUAACUUUUUUUUAUUUUUUUUUUAAAUUAUUAAAGGACCACUAUAGUGCCAGGAAAACAUACUCGUUUUCCUGGCACUAUAGUGCCCUGAGGGUGCCCCCACCAUCAGGGUCCCCCUCCCGCCGGGCUCUAGGGGGCUGAACGGGUUAAACUUACCUCUUUCUUCAGAGCUCUCCUCCCUUUUCUUCAGUCACCGGCUAAAUGUGCAUGCGCGGCAUUAUCAAUGCUUUCCUAUGGACGCCGGCAUCUUCUCACUGUGAAAAUCAAUGAGGCAGCCACUAGAGGCUGGAUUAACCCAUAGGUAAACAUAGCAGUUUCUCUGAAACUGCUAUGUUUACAGAAAAAAAGGGUUAAUCCUAUCUGGACCUGGCACCCAGACCACUUCAUUAAGCUGAAGUGGUCUGAGUGCUUAUAGUGGUCCUUAAAAACGAGAAGUUAGAAUUAUGACAUUUGUCCUUUUUCAAGAGAAUGUAUAGUUAACAGAACCACUACAUCCUAAUGUAGUGGUUCUAGCACAUAUAGCCUGUCCCUGCAGCGUAAAUGGUCUGUCCUUACUGAGUAGUGCCUCUGGCCACUUCUAGUGGCUGUCACUCUGACAACCAGGGACUUCCUGGGUUAGUUCCUGCAAAGAUUUCAGGGCCUCCACAUUCUAUAUGAAGUAGUCAGUUAAUGCAAAUGAGGAGAUGCUUAUUGUCUCAGACGUAGAAACCCAAGGGUAUUUAAAGGGUUAUUCCAAACACCAUCAUCACUUCAGUGAUUUGAAGUGGUGGUGAUGCCUGUAGUCAGUAUGUGCUGCUAUUUAGGCAUGGAAUGCUGCACAUGUGUCUGGAGUUCAACCCCCUACUUUCAUUGCACAAGACUGCGUUCAUUGGAUGAGAGUUGUCAUUGGUCGCUCUCAGCCAAUGAAUGUAGACUGCAACUGUUUUAGGCUUCUGUAGCUUUGCAGAAGCCGGAAGUUUGUUUUCUGACUAUCAGGGAGCCUCGCAGCCUAGCCUGAACUCUCUGGUUAGGGGGAAGACCAUCGGUAGUCUGUUUGCCCCAUUACAGUUGUUGUGGUCAGGGUACUCCUGGUAUCAUAACCAUUACAGCAGGUGUUAUAUACUUUUUCUGUGAAGAAGAGUGUAACUGAUUGGAGCACUGAGUCUGCAGCAAGCAAUAAAUGCAUGCAUGUUUUUCAUUUCAUUGCGACUAAAUUGUAAAAAUAAACUACUGAUGCAUUGCAGUGUCCUUUUUAAGAUAUGGGUUCUGACUGUAUAAUGUUUAAUUGUUGGUCUUCCAAGCACAGCAUGGCAGUCUUGUUCAAAGGUUGCAGGGUUAACACUGCAAAGGCCAUUUGCUGUCUGAAAUGGGUGCGUGCAAUGGUGUGCUUAUUGGUUGUAGAAUGGUUUGCCUUCAUACUGGGGCUCCCAAGGUGCAGAUUGCUGCCUUCACUAGAGCCUUCAAAGAGCUGGAAGCUUUCUGUCUGACAAAUUAACACAGGCUAUCUGACAGCCUGUUGUGAUUAUCUAGAUAUAUUCGUGACUUUGUCUAAAAAAAACAACCCAUAGUACUUCUAGGGAAUCUCCAUUGAUUAUUGGUCGAUGGCGAAACAGUUCUUUAGGGAGGUUUGGGAGCAAAAACUUGAAAGGGUUUCUCAGAAUAGUUUAACUAUUACUACUAUUACUUGUUUCCAAACAGAAUGACACUUAAAGCAGCCAUUUAACCCCUAAAGUACUUUAGCCAGAUGAAGUGCUUUAUGGGUUUGGAGUGUUCCUUUUAAAAGAACAACCAAAAUGCAUUUUCAUGCUUUUUCAGCGCUAUCUUAGCCACCUGAAAAUCCUGUAAGGUAACUAAUGUAUUCUCAUAGUGGGGCUGUCUCUUCUCAGCAUGUGACAAUUCCUUGUUCCUUCACUUAAAUAAAAAUAAAUAAUUUAUAAAGCAUAAGCACGUAAUAGAACAUUUACAAAAAAAACAACCCUCCACUACCUUCCUGUGUUCAGAAGGAUUUUAUCCCUUCAUGUUAACACACUUGCCUUGUCAUCUACCCAGAAAUGCUGUACGAUCGCUACAUGCUCAUGCAUUCCUCCAGUUGUGCUGAACACAUGGCUCUACAGGGGUUAAUUUAUGUUGCACUUCAUUCUUUAAGUAAAACUUGGUCAUCAGAAUUUACUCUUCCUACACUUUUACCCCACAAGCAGCCAGUCCUGCAACACUGUUUGAAUGAAGUAAUUAUAUAGAGUGAACAAUAGCAAAGAAAGCUGUAAUUUUACAUAACUGUAAAGUCAAAAUGCUGCGUUCUCAUAAAAGUAAAGUAGUGUUGCAUGUCCUCCACUCCUUUUCCCCCACCGCCCCCCCUUCACCCUUUUAUCCCUAUCUAUUUAACUGUAGUUUAUGUAAUCCUAGUAUAAAAGCAUUAAUAUGGAUGGAAAGCAUUCGUUGAUGGAAAUAAUGUCAUUAUCUCAUACACUGAUGCAUGCCUUGUUCUGUAACAGUGGUGUGCUUCGCUGAUGUAAUACUCUGUAGCUUCUUGGAGUGCUUCUUGGCCCUGUCUUUAUUUUUUAAGUGUGUGUGUGUGUGUGUGUAUUUUGGAGAAUUCAGCUUUGUGUGUAUGGAGAGAUUUCUUCUGUUGGUGUGAGGUGGCUGCUUGUGGUAACGUUGAGGAGAUUGCAUGUUGGUGUGUGUGUGUGGGGGGGGGGAGGGGGGGUUGCAACAUUCACCAGAACAUCAGCAGGCACCUUUUGACUUCCUUGUGGCCAGGUAGCGCUAUCCGUGUCUCUCUGGAAAGUGUACUGAUGUAGGUCAAAAGGGCCUGAUUAGAAAGGUGCGCUAACGUCUGGGCUUCCUGGCCGAGUCAGUCCUUUGAGGUGGAUGGAAGCAUUUUAAAUGCUAAAUCGUAUUAACCUUUAAAAAAAUAAAAAAAAUAAUAAGAAUUUGGUUUUAACUUCUGCUCCACCCCCAAGAGUGACGACCGUCUUACUUUCUGUCUGGAAGAAAUUGGUUCAUGUGUGACCAAGGAUAUCAACUUUGUUUGUGUUAUCCACUAGGCAUUCCGACCCAUUUUAAACUGACUAUUAUUUCUCUAUUACUGUUACAUUCCAUUUAUGCAACACAAAAUCAUCACAAUCACAAACUUCAGCUUAAUUCCUAAGGUGAUCAUCUGUUUUGUUAUUUUGAGUAGCCUGAUUAUUAUUUCUAUUUUAAAGGAACACUACAGUAGUGUCAGGGAAACAAACAUGUAUUUCAGACAUUAAAGUGUUAAACUGUUUAGGUCCCUGACCCCCUCCAAUCCCUCCUUGCAUGGUGAAGGUGUUUUUACUUUUCUACCACUUUGUACCAGUCUUGACAUGGUUGGCUCCACCUGCCCCCACCUUCAUGGUUGAUAUAAGUUCUGAUGAUCUCUGCCAAUCCAAUGCUUUCCCAUAUAAACGCAUUUGGAGGCUAUUGCGCGUGCGCGGCAAAAUGCUCCACUGCAUCUCCUCAUAGAGAGGCAUUGAAUUAAUGCAUCUCUUUGGGGAACGUUCAGCACCUCCAUGCAGAUCAUGAGAUCUUGAACUCCAGCACUGUGCAGGAAGCACCUCUAGUGGCUGUUUGAGUGUUUACAUUGAAACCCCUUCAAGGAUAGACUCUAGACCCCAGAACCACUACAUUAAUCUGAAUCGAAUGGCUAUUUUUUUUCAUGGCUGCUAAUGUGGCUGGGUUUUUUUUUUUAUUUUUUUCUCUUUCUGUUCUCAUUGACGUUAAAGGAAAGUGUUUUUUAUAUUGGCCCACAUCUUGGCCGAAGUACACAUGAUCUAUAUGCUGCGGACUGAGUAACUCAUUUACUCUUCCUGUGUCUGUAGCAGGAGGUGGUGGUGGGGUGAAGGCACUGCUUGUAAACGGAAAGAAAGCUGCUUUCACGUUUGUCAGAAGUAAUUGGCGCCUUUUGCCAGGUGUGUCAGGGUAAGGUGAUCUUUCUUGGUUUGUCUGUCUGAGUCAGGCUGCUUCCAGAUUUGUCUAUCUUUACAUUAAAAGGACACUUUACCUGAGGAAUCCGUAUUCUUGCAAUGUGUUGCUAGCAGAUUUUUAUUUUUUUUCUAUGUAUCUGAUGGACCUUUUUGAAUAUCUCUAAAAUUAUGGGAAAUAACUUGUGCAUAUCAGGUAUAUAGGUGCAGUUUGUUUUAUCUUUCUGUUGCUUUUUAACACAAUCCUUCUCUUAUUUUUAAUUAUUUUACCCUUUGGUUGCUUGAGGAGUGGUAUCGGUUACUUAUCUAUAAUAUUUCCCCCAGAUGGUUAUAUAACAUACGCAGAAGACUUGUGACUCAGAACUGGGUGAGGGAAUUAAAUCUCUGCUUGGCUAUUUAUUUUUUUGUUUCUGUAUCUCACUAUUUUGUGAAAUCUCAUGUUGGGAAAUGACGAAAAAAAUAUGCAAAUUUUAUGCCAAAAUAACUCUGUAAUAACUGAGCUAGCAAGAAUGCCUGAAUUUGAGUUCUUUUCCCCUCCCCUAUUUAGCCAGUUUGGUCCACUCUCUUUUUGAAUUAUCAGCAUUUCCAAAAUAAGUCAUUUAAUGGCUUUAUCUGUUCACUAGAGUGUGUGUUUUAAUUUUUGUAUUGUUUUAAUAGGGUGACGUCGAGCAUUAUUCCUUUCAGAAUUUAUACUUUGGGUUAUUUAGCAAAUGACUGUUGUUUCAUGUACUGUAUAACUAAACUCCUCCAUAAGCUUGUCGUGGCCAUAUAGCAGUUUCUAUCUGGAUAUACAUAGCCAGAUUCACAGAUUGUAGCAAGGUUGCAUGCAGCUAUAACCUUACCUGCUGACCACACAUGCAUGUGGCUUCAGCUUGGCACUGUCCAUGUCAGGAGAGAGCGAUAUUUACUAAUUUUGCGUGCAAAAUCUGCAUGUGUAAGUUGGACAGAAAAAAAGUAUAAACUGUGUAUGCAAGAGAUCUAGAGGGGGCUUGCAUAUAUUUUAACAAGUGUCUGCAUUUGUAAGCCACUCUCAACAAGGAGAAAGUGUGAAGGGUACUCUCUGAUCCUUUACGUGUGCAAUGUUGCAAAUGUCAGGUGUUUAGAAUGACCUUUUUAAAAUCCUGUUCCUGAAGGUUGUUUUUGGUUUUGUCCAGUAUUCGUUCAUUAGUCGUUGUGUUUGACACUUGUAAUGGAACUGCAAGGUUACAUUAUUCAUAAUGAAACGGUCAGAUAGUUCAAACGUAUUGUAGCUUACUUGGGUAUUCAAAUGUAUGCUAAAUGAUAGUGUAAAACAUAUGUUUUGAUAAAGUACUCUUUUUGUCAGGAUCCAUGUGUAACCUAAUCAUUUUUAGGUUUGAUCCGGACACAAAGCAAAACAAACUAAAUUAUAUUUCUACUCCUUUCAAUAUAUGAAUGGGGGGGGGGGGGGGAAAAACUUUUUUUUUUUUUUUGUAUUUGAUUUUUGUUAUAACCGAUUACUCUUGGUUGGAGAAACACUUCUGAGGCUACUUGCUAAACCCUGUAUUGUGAAGAAUUGAUGAGGAAUUAUUUUGUAUUUGCAUUUUGGGGUUAAUUUAUCAUAGCUGAUUUUUUUUUUUUUGGUAUCAGAUGGGAUACCAUAAAGACUAAAAGGUUUCCCUUUGUUCCACCACAUGGUACGGAGUUAAAACAUUUACACUCUCCGCCAGUGAAUAACUGGUGCUAACAUAGAAGAUUAAACUGCCCUUUUACCAAAUAUAUCAUUGUAAAUCAACAGGACCACAAGCACGUGACAGAACCACAUAAGUGUCAGCCAUUUUUUUAAACCGUUUGGCAGCUAUAUAACAGGUGUAUAACAAUCAUUUGCGCUACAAUAUGCAUACAUGUUCUUUUGGUAUAAAGUAAACAUAAUAUAUUUUCGAUAUGAAUACAGUGCAAGAGAAACUCUGAUAACAAUAUUACAAAGUGCAAGUUAACACACAAGUAAACCGAAUAAUAUGUAACCAGCAUUUGCUAUGAGGAACAUUUAUGUGGCGUUGGGGUUGUGCUAUUUUUGUUUACAUUUAGUUUGUAAUUUAAGUUCUGUCCUGGCAUAGCAACAGCAUAACAUGCAAUUUUAAAGGGACACUCCAAUGCCCAAAUAUCGUCUAAAUAUAAAUCCCUGUUUAGUAGAUAUACCACAAAUAAAACCGUGCAUGCAGUUAACCCUUUAGUGACACAUGACAGAAAUAAGUUGUGUCCUUAAGGGGUUAAUUAUGAAUGGUUUUUCUUUGGAGUUAUAUCUAAAAAAAACACUUACAAAACCUGCAGUUCUUUUGUCUGCUUUUGAAAGCCCUCCCCUUCUAACUCCGACUGGACACCCACAGAAAGUCUAUCACAGUCUUCCCAAUGCAGCUGAAUGACAACUCUUUGCAAUGCACGUGGUCUAAACAGUUGCUGCUUCUUGAGUUUAGCUCCACUGAGCUGAGCUAACCAAACCAUGAAGCAGCGGGAUCUGUUGUCUGCUUUAAAUGUAACCAGGUUAAUUUAUAAAAGUGUCAAUUUCUAUUUGAGAUCUGAACUUUUUGAAAAGUGAAAGAGGACACACUCUUCACACACAAAGCUUUUCAUUAAGCUAAAGUACUUUUAAGGGUCUGUAGUAUCCCUUUAACAGUCACAAACACUUUAUUAGGAAUAUUUUUGUAUUUGAUUUUUGUCUAGCACUGUGUUAGAAGCACCCUUUUGUCAUUCUCCUGGAUCAUUUUGGGAGAUUAAUGUCUUUCUAGAGCCAAGUGCUACUUCACCAAGUUCUUCAGAGAAAUUGCAGUUCCCAUUCUCUAGUUUGGUUCGUGGCUCUAUUUGUAUGCAUUUCAUAUGUGCUCAUUUAAGACAUAACUGUUUUCUCUGCAUAACAAGUCAGAAAAAAAUAUUAAACAUGAACUCUCGGGGCUUCUGUACCUUUUUUUUUUUUUUUUCGUUAUUGAUUCCCUUUUUUUUUUUUGUGGCAUCUCUGUAUUCUGUCCAUUCUUUAUCCCUUGGCCUUUUGGACAGAAAAGAACUUUGGCAUUACUUCCCCUUAUUUUCUUCUGAAAUGAGAGAAUGUUAUGAAUAUUCAUGUUAAUUAUGCACACUUUUUACAGAAAACCAGCAAAGAAUGUUUUGUUCCAAAUAGAGGGACUUCUGAAUGAAGGGAAGUGACUGUUUCCCAUUUUCCCCAACCCGUUCCUUGCUGUGCCCACAGUUUCUUGAUCGAGGUCUUGUCUCCAAGGGGCAAUUACCAGCAGCUCAGCACUGCGGUGGAGGAAAGCCCCUGGAUGUGAUCUGGGAAGGGGGAUGUGGGAGAGCAGGCUUGUCCUGCGAUUGUUUCUUUCAGAAGGAACAAUGACCCAAUGUUUUCUGAUAUGUUCAGCUGCAAAAACGAGUGCACUGAUGGAGAUGCUUUGUCCUGGUUCUCCGUUGCUCUGUGUAUUGUGAGGCCACGUGCACAUUGAAAUGAAGAGCCUGGUGAACUGUGCUAAGAGGUGAAUUGUCAUGCUUGAAUUAAACAUUCAUUUACUUUGGUUGCAGACAUAAUGAAAAACUGUAUCUAACAGAGCAGUUUCAGUGCUUGUAAAUGAUUAAUGUCCACUGAUUUUCAUGCUUAAUCCUGUUCUAAUUAUUCAACCAUAAAUCUAAAAUGAUUAUGAACAUUACAGUGAAUCAAGAUUUAACCCUUGGUGAAAGGAGAUCGGUCAAUCUGGAAAUUACAUAGUUGAAUAAAGCAUUGAAAAUCAAAUUUAAACUUUUCUUUUUUUCCUGGCCUACAAUGCUGUAUUUACCUUCAAAUCUGUACUGAAGAUUUAGCAAAUGACAUCACAGAAGGCACAGCCAGGGCACAGGUUGCAAAUGAGGAGGAGAAAUAGAAAGUUUGUCCUUUUCUGCUCUAUAUGCUUUCCAUAUUAAUUCGUACAGAAAAAAGGCAGGUGCUCGCUAUAAUGUGAACAGGUAGCAGUAAAUCUGGCGCAGUUUAUCACCUGUUGUGCCCCAUAUUCAUUCGUGCCCCUCAGUCUUUAUUUUUGUUCCCUGGUGUCCCCAGAUGUCCCAAGGCAGCACAGCACUCGCCCAUCAUUAGACACGCUCACGCUGUGCAGCAGCCACCAUAGAGGGAGGUGUUUGAUUUUUACACAAAGAUAAUAUAUGAUAACCUAGUUUAUAAAACCCUGGGAAGUGACCGUUCCCGUUUAACUCUUCAUCCCUUCAAUGGGAAAGCUCUGUGACCGAUAUGUUCCUGUACUAAUGCUUGUUCAUUCCCCUCCUUCUCUUCUCUACUACACAAGCCAUUUCCCCCUCUAACAACAUUUGUGGUUUGUCUGCAAAAGAAGUAAGGCAGGUUGCUAUAGUGUAUUGUGUAAUUUGCAUUUCAUUUCAUUCUUCAGAGCUGCAAGUUUUCUGUCCAUAUCAAGUUUUCUCCUGUUUUUUUUUUUUUUUGUUUUUUUUUUGUGCUCAUUGAGAACUAGAACAAGCUAUCAGUGCUGUCAAGCCUUGUGUAAAUGGUCCCUAUACGGCGUUCAUAGGGCAACCUCUCUCAGCAGUCUUUAUAGGAUUAGGCGCAAGACAUGGGCUCAUGGAAGUUUGGAUUGAAAACCAAAACAAAUAAAGAAUUCUAAACACAAAUAGGCCUCUUCUCUUUAUAUCUCCCAUGACAACCCAAGUACUGGCUAUCUGUGAUGGUUAAAUUACUUCUGUAUCUUUUGGAGGUAAUUGCACAUUCUAAUAACUGAACGUUACCCUUUUUUUUUUUUUUUUUUUUUUAUUCAUUUGUUCCAAAGCAGGACAUCUUAUACAUAGCACCCAUAACAAUAUCAAUACAAUUUCAAAUAGGCAUAUACGCUGUAGUUUUUGGCUUGUAACAUUAUCAACAUGAAAGCAUAUUCUAAUUUGUAUAUAUUACAGAGUUCGCAAUCAUGAAAUGUUUUUGCCUGGGUUUUCCCAAGGGAUGAUUAACUUUUUUUUUUGUUUUUUUUGCAGUAAAUAAAACGUAACUACCUUGCAGUUGCUUGCACUGAGAACAAUUAGGGGUACUAUAUAUAUUCACACUUGUCUCUAGCUUCACUGUAAACCUUUGAUAGUCCCGUUAUGCACGAUCUUACAAUUGUAAGGAAAAGGACAGACGGUUCAAAAGAUUGGAACCAGAAAAAAGAGUGUCCUCGAGGGUCCGAGGAAGUAGGAUGAGAUAGUUAGGGGUGGAGCUUUAGCAAUUUGAUUUGCCUUUUUAUAGAUACUUUCCGACUAUCUCAUUUUAUUUUGAAUUGUGGCAUUCAUUGCAAAUUCUGAGUGUUUCUGGUUCACGGUAGUUUCGGUGGUUUUGAGUGUAAAACCUGCAGCAUUGUCUGUGUGAGCUAGAAUGCCAGAGGUGUAGCUUAUAGCGUGUGUAAAAGGGAGAUGCAUAUUAUUUCUUUGUGAUGGUGCAGCCAACUUUAUUUUACUUUUUAUUCCUUCACUCCCACGUGCAUAAAGACCAGUAUGCAGGUCUUACAAUGUUCAUAACAAAACAAUGGGGCUAAAUGGGAUUGUUUUGGAAUGGCUUCUUUUAAAGUCAAAACCUUAGCAUAAUAGAGGGCUAAUAACUAAGUAUCCCAUGUGUGUUUGUUGCAUUAAAAGUAUAACCAAACCGAAAAAUAAUGGAGGAAGAAAAUAAACUGAACAAACAAGCGUGCCAUCAAAGAUCCUUCAGAUGCCCUGUUUAUUGAGGCUGCCAGCAGCUACAGGCAUCCCUCUCGCUCAAUACGAAGAGGUCACUGUCCAGAGAAGUUUUAUGGGAUAAGUAGUCUAUUCCCCCAAGGGCAGUUCCAGUCAUCACAUAGGAUGAGUGGAACCGCAUUAUAAACGGAUAGCCAUAUAACCACUGCUCUGUUUACAUACUGUAUGAUUCACUGUUUAGACCUAUCUGCAGUCUGUGCCCAUACUCUUCCUCUCAGGAGGAGAGCUAGCUUGGCCCAAGUCGUGUAUAUGGCAUGCGCGCGCACGCACAGCUUAUACAAAACUGGUUGCUUAGGGCUGCAUCAGUUUUAUUUCAAAUAUUUUGUAAAACAAUUUUGUCAAGUUGCUGUCAUGCUUUCAGAGUUGGUGCAGAAUACUAUUUGUGCUAUCAACUUCAAUUUGAUCUAAAGCUUUAAUGCAAUAUUGGUAUGGUACAUAAGGCGACCCGUAACUACUUAUAGUCGUUAUAGGCAGAUGUUUAAAAAAAAAAAGAUUAAAUUAAAAAAAAAAAAUCUCUGCCUUUUCCUGCUCUUUGUAGAAGCUGCAGCACCCCAAGUGCAUACAAUGUUAAAUAUCUUACUUCACUGAUAAUUUUAGUGCAUUAUCUGUAUAAUUCAUAAAAAAUGGGUGCCAUGGUAUUCCUGUAAUAAACCGUGCAGUAGAAAUUUUAUUUAAGUACACGCACACACUUACAUACCUACUCGUUUCCUCUGCUCUGUUUUGUGACAUACAGGGUAAUGUGCCAGACCAGACAUGCCUUACGUGGAUCGACAGAAUCGCUAUUGUGGCUUCCUGGACAUCGAGGAGCAUGAAAAUAGUGGGAAGUUUCUGCGCAGAUAUUUCAUUCUGGACACCAGUCAGAACAGUCUUCUCUGGUAUAUGGACAAUCCACAUGUAAGCAUGUGUAUGUGUUGGUAGCAUAAUGUGGGGGAUUAAACAGGUAUAGUAGCAACUUUGGAGCAGGCAGCAGAAAAUAUUCUGAGUUCUGGGGAACGUUUUGUUGAAGUGUGAAUCAGUAACGGUUCUUAAAACAGCUCCUGUAUUGCUAUUCGUGAUGUGCAGCAAAUAUAUUCCAUAAAAAUGCAACCGGUCUAAAUUCAUGUUGCAAAAGCUUUUUUUUUUUUUUUUUACAUUUUACGCAUUGUUUUUGUGAAGAGCAUUCAGUGUUUUGUAAAUUAAAUUUUAUAAAUGAUUGCAGUAUUAAAUGUCAGCGGUUAAUCAGACUUCCCAUUUUCAGAUGUUAUUUCUGGUAUUUUAUUGAGAUCAUGGUUCACAACAAAAUAGCUUUGGUAGUCGGACUUAUUUAUUUAUUUAUUUUCACUGCAGAAUAUAUAUAUAUAUAACCGUUUUUAUUGAGAAUGUGCACAAUAUUCUUAUAUUAUAAAUUCUAUUUUUCUUAGAAUCUGCCUGCUGGUUCCCCUUCUGUAGGAUCUCUCAAGCUGACUUACAUUUCAAAGGUAAGCAUUGCAUCACCAAAAAUUGUCUCCUUUAAAGGACCACUAUGAGCACCCGGACCAUUAUAGGCACCCAGACCACUUCAGCUCAAUGAAGUGGUCUGGGUUCCAGGUCCAUCUAGGGUUAACCCUGCAGCUGUAAACAUAGUUUCAGAGAAACUGCUAUGUUUACACUGAGGGUUAAUCCAGCCUCUAGUGGCUGUCUCACUGACAGCCGCUAGAGGCGCUUCCGCGCUUCUCACUGUGAUUUUCCUGACGUCCAUAGGAAUGCAUUGAGAAAUGCUUUCCUAUGGACUGAAUGGACAGAUUUCCUAUGGACUGAUUGAAGAGGGAGGAGAUUUCCCCAGCGCCGUGGGAGCCUGGCACUGGAGAAAGGUAAGAGUUUAACCCCUUCCUCCCCCUUCAGGCCAGCGGGAGUGGGACCCUGAGAGUGGGGCGUGGGGGGACCUAAAGACCCUAUAGUGCCAGGAAAACAAGUUUAUUUUCCUGGCACUGUAGUGGUCCUUUAAGACUUGCUUCUCAAACCUCUUAACAAAUGGAAAAAAGCACAAAUAUUUGAAACUUAUAUCAUACUUUUUGGAUAGUCUGUAAUUCAGGGGGGUUAAAACACAAUCCCAGAGACCAUUCCUGGACGCCUAAAAACUUUAAUGCAGUUUGCCACCAUCCAUCCUGGUUUAACAGUAUGUUUCAAGAUUAGAGAGGUGCCUGGACACAGCUUUUGAUGUCCAAAUUGUUGGUGACCUGUAUCACAUCAUGGCUGUGCUUGGACUCUUCUUUAAUGUGCCUGAAGAGCCUGUAAAGCAGUGUUUUCCCACAGUGUGUAUUCCAGAUAGACUUUUUACUAAAGUUGCUUUAUUCUGCGGUUGCAUUCCUGGACAUCAGUGAUGAGGCUGUUGGACGCAUGCAUCACAGGGAAACCGCGUCAGAGAGCUUGGCCACACUAGAGGAGCUAGGAGUGAUUUGGGACUGUGUGUUUCUGGGGACCCCCAUAGACAUAAAGGUAGAUUGGAGAGACAUGGCAUUGGAAACACAAUUGAGGGACAUGGGGGAUAUUGGGCUGACAUGAGAGGGGAUUGGAGACGCACGUGAAGUCCGUGAGGGACAUGAACUUAAAGGGACCCUAUAGUCACCAGAACUACUAAAGCUUAUUAUAUUUGUUCUGGUGAGUAUAGUCAGUCCCCGCAACCUUUUUGCUAUAAACACUGCCUUUUCAGGUAGUGUUUACAUUUCUCCCUAGGGACACCUCCAGUGGCCACUCCUCAGAUGGCUACUGGAGACGCUUCCUGGGGCAGUGCUGCACAUUGUUCAGCACUGACGUUCAGCAUCUCCACAAUCUGCAUGAGAAGAUGCUGAUUGGCCAGACUAGCGUCAGGGUAUAGUGUUCCUUUAACAUUAUAUAAGGGAAUUUCACUUCCUAAUUAUCCCUUGAAGGGUCUGAACACAAGCAUUCAUUUUAGGCGUGUUAAAAGACAAACUUACAGUCUACCUUUUUUCAUGACUAAAUGUGCUCCAUCUAUUUUUGUUUUUUCUGUAUAGGUCAGCGAUGCCACCAAACUCCGUCCAAAAGCUGAAUACUGCUUUGGUGAGUAGCAUUGACUUUUUAAAUUUUCCUGAACUUAAUUUUAUCAAUUUGUGGCCUCAAUUCACUUUAAAUUCCAGACAAUUUGCAUAUUUGUGAAUAGUAUUGGCAGGUCUCCAUUCUGUUCUAAAUGCCAAAAUUCUAAUAUUCCCAUUUCAGAAAUGGUUGUCAAAGUACAUAUCACAUGUCUGCAAAGAUAAGUGUGUGUGUGUUAAACAAGUGAGAGAACAUCUUUAAAAUGUGAACGUAAAAUUUAUAUAUUCACGUCUUGCCUUAUAAGGAUGAAAAAUGAUAUAACCUGUUGUAGACUGUCAGUAAAUGCAAUGUGUACUCACGUAUGUGAGAACAACAUGCAUGCUUCUCAAAACAUGACUCAAAUUCCACUUCUCCAUGGCCUCUGGGCUCCAGUGAUUUAACAGAAAACAAGAAGAAAAUGUGUGUGUGUAUAUCUAUAUCUACACACACACACUCACACUCACACUCACACUCACACACUCAUUUGAGGCAACCAAACACAGCUUCAUAUUGCAGACUGCUGGUUUCUUCAGUUAACCAUCAUGUGCCGCUUGCUUUAUGUUGUUUAGUUAAUGCCUCUACUGUUUAGAUCUGUGUGUAAUUUAGCUGCUCAUCAGAGGACCAGAUUGUCACUACUGUAGAGAAUGCCAUAUUAAGAGAUUAAAUUCAGACACAAACUCUUUUUAAUAUUAUAAUUUUUUUUAAUUAAAAUUUUAAGAAAAAUUGGCUGCCUUAUCAGUUCACAAUUAUUCUACAUCCAUAUCCUUUCUCUGGAUGUGAGAUGUAGCAUUGCUCUACAGCUCCAGCAUCUCAGACAUCUUGUGCGUGAGACUGACUAAUACAAAUUAAAAUAAAAAUAAAAAUAGAAAUUCAAAUCCCUUUGUGUUUUUAAGCCUACACAUUUGUCUAACUAUACAAGGGUUAAGGUGUAGCAUAUGUAGAAAGCUAGCAUAAUGUACUUUGGUUUGGGUCUGUGCUCGGGAAGUAUGAGCUGGCUGACUUUGCCAAAACACAGUUAUUUUGGGAGUUCCUCUCUGUUCAAAUAAGACACUUGGCAGCAGGCUGUGUUUGGUAAAGUUUAAAAUAUCUACUGAAUGCACUGCUAGUACAGGCUUCUCCAGGUACUCGAACAUUCAUUUCAAAUAAAAAUACUUUUUUUUUUAUUUUUAUUUUUUUUAUUUAUUAAGACAAUAACAUAUUCCUGUCCUGUUGGCCCUCUCGAUUCCAUCUAUUUUAAGACAGGAUUUCCUGUAUAGAUAGACCUAUAUCCUGCUGGAUUUCCUUUGAAUAUAGCUCAUUCUGUUUGCUGGUAGACAUGUAUUUAUUUUGUUCCAUUAGGGCAUUUAUCUAAGGGGUUAAAUUCUGCUCUAUCCUGAUAAAAUUUUACAAUGAUAUAAAACAAAAAAGGCAAAGGUGGUAAGAGAAAAAAGGUUAGAAUCUUUAAGGGUGUUGUACAGAUAAGACAAUUUUAUUAAUUUGCCCAACAAGCAAGAAACAGACAGAUACAAUAGGUAGGGAACCCUGCCCGUAAGCUUACAAUCUAAAGGCUGGUAAUAUUCUUUUUAAAUAUUCCUAUAUUUAACAAAUAUGUAUUUGUGAGCAGAGAAAAAUUUAAAUGUAUAAUGUGCACCUCAUCAUAAUUCCUAAUCACUGAGAGGCUUUGUCUUUGCACCUGUCAGCAUUGAGAAAGCAUAGGGGAGAAGAAAUGAGAGUGUUUCUAUUUCUCCUAAUUUGCAAUGUUUGCCCUAGCCUUACCUUGUCUGAACUGGAUUAUGUAAAAGAAAACUGAGCUUUUUAUGAGGAAUAAAAACAAGUCUGCAGAAGUUAAAUGUGAUUUUUCAAUGUUUUUAUCCCAUGGUGUAAAUUCUGGAGAAGUUAACAUCCCCUUGUAAACAGACAAGCCACAAUUAGGUGUCAGUCAGAAGACAACUGGCAACAAACUGACUUGAAGCAUAGACUGAUUUUAUUUUACAAGAUUAAUGAUUACCCAUGUAAGGUAAGACUUUACAAACAGUACAGUGUGCAUAUAGACAUUUAAAAAAAAAAAAAGCUUUUGUACAGCGUGCGUAAAGGAACUUUAAAAACCAAAACCAAAAAACCCAACCAUUUUUAGCCAAAAAAACAAUGGAAUCCUCUCUGUAAGUCUCUGGGGUUUGUAACCCAUCUGUACAAACUAUGUCACUAUUGCUUUUGAGAGAGAGAGAGAGAGAGCGCAAAGGUUGAAACAUAAGAAUUUAAAGGACCACUAUAGGCAUCCAGACCUUUUUUAACUUAAUGAAGUGGUCUGGGUGCCAGGUCUUAGGGGGUGACCAGUGCUCAAAAUAAAACCUAUUUCAACUUAAACUAGAAAAGCUACAAUUUCUGGGGAAAUUGUGUGAAGUGUUUUUGCCUCCACCAGUAGUCUACAACUGGAGUGGCUUGAGUAACUGUUGUGUGGUUGGAGUGGCUGGAGUAACUGUGGAAAGGUUGGACUGGGCAGAGUAACUUUAUGGAGUGGGCAGAGUAACUGUGUGGAGUGUUUAGCGUGAGUAACGAUGGUAAACAUUACACUAACCAAUUGAUCAAAUUUAAAAAGUGCACAUUGCAAGCUUGAUAGUGAGAAUUGCAUUUCAACUGGGGAAAUUGUGUGAAGUAUUCUUGCCUCCACCAGUAGUCUACAACUAGGGUUAGAGCGAUUAUCGGUUUUACCGAUAUCGGCCGAUAUUCGGCAAUAUCGGUAUUGGCCACUAAAGAUACCGAUAUUGAGAAAUGCAUUUCAACUUUUAUUUAUUUAUAUAGCACAUUUAAUUGCAACUGUGCUUCACAGUUGCAUUAAAACAUACAUUUAUAAAAACAUUAGCAGGUGUACAAAAGGCUCUUUCUAGGACAUCACUUGCUGCUGCAGCCUGGCACAGGUCAGAGUAUUUUGGCGGUUGCCAUCUUCAAACGGUCGUAUUUUACAAACUAUAAAUCCUACAGCGAAGAGCUUUAUAUUGUGAGAAUCACAAGACCUAGUCCUACAUGUUGAUGCAUAGUAUGUCUCUGAAAUAUUAAAAAUGAAGGCAGCAGUUUAGAAAUUGCCCUUCAAAUUUGAGCUGGCUAGAGUGGAGUUUCAAUGAAAGUCAAUGGACAGCGUGAGUUGCAAACAAAUGGUCAUAAUGUGAAAACUAUCAGGACUAUGGCUUAGCCGUGGACAUGUUUAGUGGCAUUGUGUAGGUGGGAUUAAAAAUGAGGGCGUGGUGGCAGUUUAGAAAUCAUGCCCUGCUUUUUCCAGGUCCCACUCUAGUUUUGAAAAUUUUGCCAUUCAUUCAUAUGGGACCAAUUUCGCCACAAGAACGACGAUAUUCCGUGAACCAUUCGGCGAAACAUUCCACAAAGUAAUAGCAAUCUGUCAGGAUUACUGUUUGAUCCAGCACGUAGAACUGUACAGCACGGAUGACAAAUAAGUAACGUAUUACCGGUCCUUAGAAUGGCCGGAUUUAACGUACAAAGAAUAGUCAAAAAUACUAGCCGAGGUCAGGGAACACAGAAAGGGACACAGCGAUGAGGAAAGCCAGGAGUCAGGAUACCAGAAUAUAGAGAAGUCAAUAAACAAAGCCAAAGUCAAAAACCAGGUAGAAAACUAUAAACAGGAACGCGCUCUCAGACAACCACAAGGGAAACCACGACAGGGCACUGAGCAGGCUGAGAACUGGGCCUAAAUACCCCUCCUUUAGUUCUGAUAGGUUGUAACCGGCCUUUGACCCCAAAGUCAGUUACCAGGUUUCAUUUGCAUAAUUGCUGCUCAGCAUUAAACCUUCUGUGGAUUAGGUUGCUGCUCGGCACAACUUUUCCUGUGUGGACAGUAAAUGUCAUUAACCACAUUUCUAUAAGCGGAUGAAUAUGUGACACAAUCCAAUCGGCAACAAUCCGCACGUUUCUGUAUAUUACUGUCUAUGUAGUGUAAAAGCUGUGGGAGGAGUUAGGGUGGUAAAUUUGGCUAUAAUAAUAACUAGAAAAGCUACAGUUUCUGGGGAAAUUGUGUGAAGUGUUCGUGCCUCCACCAGUAGUCUACAACUGGAGUGGGCGGAGUAACUGUUAUUUAUUUAUAUAGCACAUUUAAUUGCAACGUUGUUGCCCAAAGUGCUUCACAGUUACAUUAAAACAUACAUUUAUAAAAACAUUAGCAGGUGUACAAAAGGCCCUGUCUAUGACAUCACUUGCUGCUCCAGCCUGGCACAGGUCAGAGUAUUUUGGCGGUUGCCAUCUUCAAACGGUCGUAUUUUAAAGACUAUAAAUCCUACAGCGAAGAGCUUUAUAUUGUGAGAAUCACAAGACCCAGACCUACAUUUUGAUGCAUAGUAUGUCUCUGAUGUAAUUGAAGGCACAGUCGCAGUUUAGAAAUUGCCCUUCAGAUUUUAGCUGGCUAGAGUGGAGUUUCAAUGAAUGUCAAUGGACGGCGUUAGUUGCAAACAAAUGAUUAUAUUGUGAAAACUAUCAGGACUAUGGCUUAGCCGUGGACAUUUUUAGUGGUAACAGGGAUAGCUGAACGUUUUGAUAUAAGAUUUGUGUAAGUGGACUUCAAAAUGAGGGAGUGGUGGCAGUUAAGAAAUCAUGUCCUGAUUUUUCAGCUUUUGCCAGCUCCCACUCUAGUUUUGAACAUUUUGCCAUUCAUUCCUAUGGGACCAAUUUUGCCACAAGAACGACGAUAUUCCAUGAACCAUUCGGCGAAACGUUCCACAAAGUAAUAGCAAUCCGAUCGGGAACAAUCCACACGUUUAGGUAUAUUACGGUCUAUGUAGUGUAAAAACUGUGGGAGGAGGUAGGGUGGUAAAUUUGGCUAUAAUAAGAAUAAUAUAUAUGUGAGAUAACAUUAAGUGGUCUUGCUAUGCAAGAACACUUAAUGAUAUCAUGCAUUGUGCAUGUCUUUGUUUGCAGAAUCCAAAUGUGUUCAACCCAACAGCCCCAAAAUGAACCUCUUAUUUAUUUUUAUUUUUUUUGUAACUGAAAAUGUCUUUAGAACAGAGAUCAUGGUUUGGACAGCACCUUAUAGUAAAUUUUCUAUACCCAUUACUGUGGGUAAUAAAAAUGUGUAAUUGUAUCUUUUUUUAUUAUAUAUAAAUGUAGGGAAAACACAUCUGGAUUUUUUAUUUUAUUUUUUAUUGCUGGUUCCUAAGACUUACAGUUGCUUUUAUACCAAAGGAGGGAGCGGCAUGUAGAGUAAAUAGCAUUUCCCACUGUUCCAUCGAGGAAAGAAGAAUCUAUCAAAUAGUUGAGCCUUUUGUUUUGAAGGGCAGAUUCCAACGUGUCCCUUGAAAUCCGCUGUCUGAAGACCUUUUCUUGCAUUCCCUACAUACCAAUCUGGGCAUUUAUCAUCCCUAUCUAGUAUACUGCUUUGACAACAUACAGGCUGAUAACUAAAGUUUGAGAGUAACCCACUUCCCUCAAAUAUCACCCAUAUGUGCUGCUGCUGCACUAAUUCAAAAGUGAACAGAAUAUUUUUUUAUUUUUGGUUUGUCAAGAUUGAAGCACUUUUUAUAAAGUUAAUAAAAUAAAUCAAGAAAUACUGUUCCUGCAGACACUUAGCGAGACGUCGUGUGCUGGCAUCCCUAGAGUUUAAGGUAUACCCAGUGAGGUAUAUCAGGCUAAGCACAUCGAACUAGGCCAAACUUGGUACCAGACCAUCUGAGUGGUGUCUAGUGGUAUAACAAUGGAAGUUGCAGGAACAGAACUAAACUGAAAAAUAUAAACAAUAGAUGAACAGACUGCUUAAUAGGGCCCCUGGAUACUGCGGUACCCUAACAUUAAUGUAAUGCGCUUCUGCACUACACAAUGUGUGAGAGACAAAAUAACAAUAAAACAAUAUAUAGUUAAAGACGAGCUAACAGAAUGUGUAUAUUAAAGCAUGACAGUCUUUAGUCAGACGACACGGCAACUGCCGUCAUUAGAGUAGACCGUAGGCUGCAGACCUGCCAGCGGCAGGAGUGGGGUGUGCUCAGGUGAGGUGGAGCAGAAGCGUGGAGUUUCAGGUUUCCUCUCCAGCCACAGGCCUGUAUGAGGGAGAGUAUUCCAAUGCCACGGACUCUGGUAUUCAGUGGAACCAAGUCCACCCCCUUUCCGGGGUAAGCAGAGGGUCUAGGUGCUGUGCUCCGUUGACGGCAGACGAUCCUCUGCUUCAGUGGCUGCUGCUUGGAGGCAAUUAACAGUAUGUGCUUGCUUGUUAUCAUUGCCUGUAGGAGGCCAGCUCUGCUCUGGUUGCUCAUAUCUCUCCAGAACCAUCUUCCACUCAGCUAGGGUAGCUUGCUCACCCUCUAGGAUCCUCAGCCAGCAUCUCUGAAAGACCGUAUCCAAGCAUUGCAGAAAGGAGUCAACUAAGCCCCGUUGUGGCAAUUAAGAUGGACGUAACGGCAGUUGCCAUCUUGUGGCUCAGAACACACGAGGUGCCGUCAUCUUUUCUCUGCUUAGCAGAGGGUAAGAGCAGUGAUUACAGCCCCAUAAUGUCCAGUCGGUACCUAGAGAAGCCCUGCCGGUCCAGAGGGGGAUUGGGGAGAUUGGAUCGCAGCUGAUUGAGUUGCAGCCUCUCCCCAGCUUCUGUCUCAGUAGGCCGCAGCAGCGUGGUUCGGGUCUCCAAAGGUGUUCAGGCAAGAUUCAGGUAUCUGUGUGAUCAUUCCAGGUCCCCAGACUCAAGAUAGUGCCUUCUAAUAACAAGUGGCUGCUCAGUAGUCCUGAUUUUCCCGUCAAAAGUGGUUAGAGACUCGGGAGCUCACUUCUUCUGCCCUGCAUGGAAGUCAAGCCCCACACUUCUGUCCUGCGUGGAAGUCAGGCUCUGCCCCCUUGAACAAAAUAACUUUUAUUAUAUCCGUGUGUCCUGUAUGGGAACUUGUCGCAAAUACUUUCCUUUCUGGGGGAAAAAAGCAUGGAUGGAUUGACUUGGCAAACUAGAAGUGUUUUGAGUCUAUUCAAUUCAUAAACUACUUACCACUAACCUUGUAUAUGGCUUCAGUGUAGUAAAAAACAUGAAUACAAAUUAGAAACAACACACAAGGGUUUUAAAGGGACGCGCACAUUGUGCCGUAAGGAGACCUUCAUUUUCAUUGCACACACUUAUAAUUGCAGUGUUUUUGGGCAUGAGCGAUGGUACAACACUGAGGUCUGAGACCGGUGGAUCCUUAAUGUACAAUGUCUUUUUCCCUACAGUCAUCACUAGUAACUGCUAGGUAAAUGAAAAACACUUGACAGCUGUAGCUCUGCCUUCUGUCAAGAACUUGUCCCUACUCUCUUAGUAUAUCUUUUGACGGUGUUCGAAUUUCACUAACGUUCCGUCAUCAUGAGUAUUUCAAAAAUAUUCUAUCUUUUUAUAAUACUCAUCUUGGGAGGGAGGGGGUGUGACCGAGCCACUUUUAAUGACAUGAAAUUGAAAUGGCAAUCUUCCAAAAUGUCUGCAUACACUACAAUGGACUUUUGGUAAACAAAAGCAUUCUUCUCAUACCAUUCAUCCAUACAUCUUAAUGUAUGUAUCCACUUUCCAGUCAGCUAAAAUGACACGACUCUGUCACACUGUACUAAAGUAUGUCAGAUUUCAGUGUCUUCACUGGGAGAUAGUCAUCCAUCAGUUAUGAAGCAUAGCAGGCAGCAAUGAGUGUUAUCUUGAGACCUGGUACAUGAAACCAUAGCCAGCUUUCUCUGUCAGAAUGUUUUGUUCCAGAUCCACUGAAUCUGGUACAAAAAAUUGUCUUUAAUGUGAUAUUUGGAGAAUUGCACAUUGCAAUGUGGUAGCAGCUAAGAGAUUACAUUUGUUUGCACAGUCAAUCUAUAGAACAUUUGCACUUUAAUAAGCGCUCCUAUACAUCAACUGAGCUUUUUCUGUCACCUUACCCAGGAGCUUCAUGUGGUAUACAGGUCAUCUAAACUGUGCUGCCAGGACUUCUGGCCUGAUUUAAAUAAAAAUGGUCACAGCACCAGCUACUUCCUUUCUUGGCCUGAGAUUUUUAAUUAGCUCUCCAUUUAGUAAACCGAGUGAAAAGGUACUUUUUUAUUUUUUUAUGAAUUGUGAUUAGGUUGUUAUGGUGCCCGAAGUGGUCCUCCUAAAUAUUUUAUUGAAAAUGUAAUAGAAAAUGGCACUUUUGUAUUUUGAUGACACCAGCUCUGUAUCCCAAGUAACGUUAAAGCGGCUCUAUCAUUACAUGCCUCAGAGUACAGUUCACAAGUGACAGACACCUGGCAGAUGAAGAUGAUGGUGCUUAGGAGAGGCAUGUCAAGGCAUGUAUUUUUGAUUUCCGCUCCUCCUCGAUAAUCUUCACGAGGACAUAUCGCCAUAAUAAAUAAAUAAAAAUCAAAGACCCGUCAAGUGACUUAACUAGUACUUAACGUGUAAAUGGCUAAUGUGUGAACAGAGGAGAAGGUGCUGCAUGACUAGUGUUUGAAGUAACAACCACAUCAAUUAUGUCUCUCUAACUCUGGAGAACCUGCACAAAUGUCAGAAUUUGCAUUUUUACAUUUAUUUUAUUCCCCUUUUGUUUCUUUAUAUAGUCAGCCCACAAAGCCAUAACUAUUGUGAAGUGUGUCUCCCAAUCUAGAUAGGCAGCAACAAACCGGACCCCAGGAUUCUUUGUUCCUCUUUACUGCCCAGCACACAUUCUACUUAUUGUGCAUGUAAUUGAAGCUCAGAAAUAAUAUCACUUUUUUUUUUAAUUCUUUUUAUAUAUAUAUUAAGUGCAUUGCACCAUUUGCAUGGUUAUUCAUUAUAGUGUGAUUUGUCAGGAAUUCAAAUGUGAGUAUCAAAGCCAAAUUUCUUAAAUAGAAAGCUAGCUGACUUUAAAGACUUUUUCCAAAGCAUGCGAUUUCAUGUUUCGGAUACAUCUUGAAUAUUAACACAAUCUAUAUAUAUAUAUAUAUAAUAUAUUUUUUUUUUUUUUUGUCUCCUGCAGUAAUGAAUGCUGGCAUGCGAAAAUACUUCCUCCAGGCCAAUGAUCAGCAAGACUUGGUAGACUGGGUCAACGUGCUCAACAAAGCCACCAAAAUUACAGUAAGCACUCCUUUCUCUUAUCUCUUUAGUUCACAGGUUUCUUUAAAUUUCUGAUAUAUUGACUCAAGUUUAUAGGCAGCAGUUACAUGGAACAGUCUGUUUCUUUACAGCUUAGGUUCAUUCAAUAGAACAAAAAAUUGACUCCUAUUUGUUCUAUCUAUGUAUGUUUCACAAAAUUGGCACGUUUGUAAAUUAAACCCAGUCACAUCCCCUUCUCUUCGGCCAGACCAGACAAUUGGUCGUUACUUCCUGCCAAUUUAGCUCUGAGUACCUGCCUUGCAAAGAUAUCUCAUUAAAUUACAUUGGGAAGUCUGACUGGACAGCCAGAGAGAGUCUGGGCUGGGGUAGAAGGAGGGCUUGCAAAGGCUGCAGACAAGAGAACUGCAGCUUUUUAAAGCUAUUUUUAGAUAUACACCCAAUAACAAAAAUCUAUAUUAAAUGCAUGGAAGGUUUUUGUUUUUGUUUUGGGUUUUUUUUUUGGUGGUCGUUUUUUUUUUGGGUGGGGAGGGGGGACAGCAGUGCCGUGUCUCUUUAGAGUGUAGUUCCAUGCCAGGUUUAUGCCUCAUAGGUUUUCACUCUUUCUGCAUGUUUCACGUGCUACGAGAACUGCAGUGUGCCUCUUUGAGACUCUUUGGAACCAAUUGCAUUUUUUUUCAGUAUUAUAUUUCAUUACAAGCUUUUCUGUAGAUCAUAAUUUUCUGCUUUCACAUGCUGAAUUUUAAUUUAGCCUAAUUUCCCUGCACAUCACUCAGUUUUACCACCUGGACAGAAUUACAGAAAUGGUUUUACAGGUUGAAGUAUGUUUGUUUUAUGAGCCAUGACGUUUUACAGGUAUAAAGGUUUGUUUUAUGAGCUAUGAAUAAUGCAGCUGUGUGAAGAUGACAGGCAUUUAUGGAUAUAUAUAUAUAUAUAUAUAUAUAUAUAUAUAUAUAUAUAUAUAUAUAUAUAUAUAUAUAUAUAUAUAUAUAUAUAAUUUUUUUUUUUUUUUUUUAUAAUAGAUCCCAGCUUGUCAUUAAAUAUAGAUACUUUCUGGGUACUGGACAGGAAGUUUAGUUUGCGUAUUGUCUACCCUUCAUCAAAAUCUGUCCCAGCAUAUGCAACACUGCUUUGGUCUGUGGUGUAUUUUAUUUUUUUCCUUUCCUGGUUUUGUGUUGAAAUGGCCAAGAAUGGCUUCCCAUACGUGCCAAUCUAAAGUAGCUUUUCUUAGCAAAACGCUGCUAGCGACUUCCUGUGCAUCUAUAGUGAUAAAUGGUUCACUCAUUGAACCUGGUCAUCUGCGUCGGCAUAAGUCAUACCUAACAAUGAGCUCCAUCAUUUUCCUAUCAACAAACAAUUGUAUUGUUGGAAUUUGUAUCACCUUUGUAACGUGUCAGAUCCACUUUAGGAUAAGGCCUUAUUUCAUAUUUCCAUAUGCGGCUUGUUCUGUUUCAUUAAUAUUUUAAAGGAACACUCCAAACGUUAUAACCACUAUAGUGUUUAUGGUACCAGGAUCCCCACCCAUGAUAAGUAGUCAAACUGUAUGCAUGUGUUUUGACUUCUUACCUGAGGUCAGCCUGGUGCUGGUCAACUCCUCCAGGAGAGCAAGAAGCUUUCUGCUCGGUGGUCAGACCUAGGCCAGCGGCACAGAACUUGGCUCACUGGUUAGGAGCACUCAUCUGACAUUCACUGCAAGGCUUGACUCUGGGGAGCUAACAGAAGCUCCAUACAGGAAGUUCAAAAUAUCAUGGAGUCUCAGAACGUUGCCUGUAGACCCUAGGUAAGUUGUCAGUUUGCAAAUGAUUUGCCUACUUGCCCUGUGAGAAUGUGAGGGCAUAUCUGGCAUUAAACAUAUUACAGCAUGCUGUGGUUGUUAUGGUGCUUGGGUCAGUGCUUUAAAUAAACCUAAAAUUAAUCUUUCCUGUGAAUAUUCAUUGUUCUCUUUAAAGGACCACUAUAGUGCCCUGAGGGUGCCCCCACCCUCAGGGUCCCCCUCCCGCCCGGCUCUGGAAGGGGGAAAGGGGUAAAAACUUACCUUUUUCCAGCGCUGGGCGGGGAGCACUCUGCUUCCUCUCCUCCUCCUGGGCUGAAUGCGCACGCGCGGCAAGAGCUGCGCGCGCAUUCAGCCCGUCGCAUGAAAAUCACAGUGAGGAGCACGCAAGCGCCUCUAGUGGCUGUCAAUGAGACAGCCACUAGAGGAUUAGGGGGAAGGCUUAACCCAUUCAUAAACAUAGCAGUUUCUCUGCAACUGCUAUGUUUAUAAAAAAAAAAUGGGUUAACCCUAGAAGGACCUGGCACCCAGACCACUUCAUUAAGCUGAAGUGGUCUGGGUGCCUAGAGUGGUCCUUUAAUUGUAUACACUGCUUUUAUUUUAGUUUGGUAUUGGUAACCUUAAUCUUUAAUAUGAAUAUUAACUUUUACUUUAUUUUUUUACUUUAUGUGUAUUGCAUUUUCUUUAUACUCUGAACCUUGCAAAAUAUACUAUAUUUAUUUUUAUUUUCUUAGAGGUAAAUACCCUUUCAGAGAGAAUUGUUCUGACACACAAAGAAGACAGCACUUUCCUAUCAGAUUAUUUUUCUACCCCCUCCCUGUUUCAGAUGUGCAGAGUUCUGUGUCAGGCUUAUAUUUCCUGCUAGAAGCCAGUUUUACUCCCACGCACAUCUGAUUGACUGAAGAAUAAUCACUUUCUUGUGAAACCUCUUUGAACUGUGGAGACAGGCUUAAACCUACCCACAGAAAUAUGUGAAAUGGAACAUUUCAAAAUGGCCUGUGUUCCUUCACACCUAUCUUUAGUUUUAGUACUCUAUAUACAGUGUAGGCGUCUUUAAAUGUGAAACCUUGAAAAAAGGGUUUGUUUAAAAAUAUUAAUAAAACCAAAACAAAAAACUCAACAUUUUUCCAUCUUGCAAAUUUAUCUAUAUAUUAUUUCUCAAAAAUGACCAAAAUACACCUGACAUUUUAUUAUAACACUUACUUGCCUUGCUCCCCUUCCUCUCUAUUCAUUCGUACUCCUGUAGCCAUGUUCCUGACCUCGGCUAAGUGUGCCCUUUGCAAAAUGUGUUCCCCUACCGCAAUUAAAGCUACCUCAACCCUGAUUUUUGACAGUUUUAUCUAGUACCUUAUUCCUUCGUUGUCCAUGCUUCAGGCACAAAAGGGUCCCUUUUGGACUACACACUGAAAUUACGUUUUGUUGAGAACUUGUUUGCAUGCACUGAAAUAGGUUGAGUCGAACCAUUGUCUUCCUAAAAUCAUGCCCUGGGUGUUGUGACUGUUAUUUUUUUCAGAAAUAUAGAACUUUGUAAUCUUUAGAAAGCCUCAGUUGCUUCACAGAAACAAGUUUAAAAUUAGUUUUACUGUCCCUUUAAAGGGAAAACUAUCACUUAACCUAAUUGUUUCUUGUCCAAUUAAAUAUGUGCCCUGACAGCCACUGUUGAACUGAAUUUAAGGAGUUACGUCAAGCACCUUAAUUACUUCAGACUUGAAGUGGUCAUGGUGCCUCGAGACUAUAUGGGCAGCGUUUUGCUUUACUAUGGCUGCUGGGGGUGUAACUCCACCUCUGGCAUCUUCAUAGGGUCGUUAUUAGCUAGCCAAUAACAAGAGUUCUGGGCUGGCUAAUAUCAAUUCUGGGCAACUUUCUUUGCACCAUGUGCCAAUUAUUGGCAAACAGCAGUCAGCUGACACUCCAUGGCAACUGGGUUGGAACUUCCAGGUUCUGCAGAAGCUGGAAGCGCAUCACCAGGCAUUAGAGGAGCCUCAGAGUUCAGCACGGACCCAGGUAAGAGGGGACAUGGUUACUACCAAAUGGUUUGUCCCAUUACCAGGAAACCUUGCCAGGCUGUAGUGGUUAUGAUGCUAGGAGUAACCCCGUAAUUGGAUUGUGAUCUGAGUUGCUAUAUAUUUUGAGGAAAGCAGAGCAUCUAUUGAACAUCCCUUAAAAUUGUAGUUAAUCUAAUUUAAAAAAAAAAAAAAAAAAAAAAUGUAACCGUAUUUUAACAUGUACAUGGUGUGUCUUAACAUAUGUCUUCUUUUGUAGGUACCAAAGUCUUGUGAACAACCAUGUCCUGCCGAUGCCUUGAACAAUCAGCUAGAGAACAGCAAAAAACAGAUAUCAUACCGAACUGACAUAGUGGGGGGUGUACCCAUUAUUACUCCAACUCAGGUCUGCAUUUCAAUGCCAUAGUUUGGGGUGUACCCGUUAAUACUACAACUCUGUUCUGUAUUUCAAUAGAAUAUCGGUGUGUGACUUUUUUGCAGUGGCUUUUAGAUCCAUCUGGCAUUCAUUUAAGGGGAAAAGUUUGAAACUGAGUUUUAAUAGUCUUAUUUUGCAGAUUUCUCUGUUGUGUAGCAGGCUGAAUCACGGACCGCUGUGUUCUGUUACAUUCUCUGCACACUUCACAAUCUUUCUUUCUCACCCUAUGUUUAUGGUCCAGUAGAUGAGUAAUCCGAUUUGAAAUAGGGAAAAUAUUUAAGGAGUGCAUGGAAGCCAACUUGUGCUAACUUUGUUAUAAUCCUGAACAAUAAGUCCAUGUUUAGAUUGUUUUGGAUUGUAUCAUUAAAUUUAGUUUUGUCAUAUCUGUAAUACAAUUCUCUUGUCACCUGUCAUCCCCUUUUAUUUAUUUUUUCUCUGCAGCAAGAACUCAGUGAGUGUGCCAAUACUGGUGACCGAAACAAUCUAAAACGCUCCCAGAGCCAGCUCCCAUCCUCCCCCUUGCGCCCUUCGGAGAGCAGUGCAAUAAAGGCAGGAUACUGUGUGAAGCAAGGAGCUGUGGUAAGCCACUAGUUGCCUGGCAUUCAUUGUGGGUGUUGGAAAAUGAAAGCCAUGGUCUAUUUUAGUAUUGUUCUCAUGGUGCCUGUGUUACAAAGUUUCAGGCAUUUGCAAAAUGAUGAAUAUAGAUUUCAAUUAUGUAGCAUUCUUUAUUUAAAGCUAAAGCAUUUCAGAUUUUACAAAAAAAAAACAUGUUUUUGUUUGUGGUAGUUCUGGCUACAUUGAAAGUAUGUGACGAACACCAUAACAGUUUAUUUGCACAGGUUUCCCUCUCUUCCAGCUCAUAGCGUCUUGAGCCUAACAUUAUGCAAACAUCUUUGUAGUUAUAAGCCCACCACUGACUCAGUUGUGUCAUAAAGAGAAAUUUCCCCAGCACAUCCAUGUACUUACACUAGAGGCCACACAACAGGGUUUUCUGUGAGUUUUAAUUCCCCUGUUAUUUGAAGUAAAACUGAACUACCAUUUCUUGAAGCCUUGGCUUCUGUGCAAGGAUUUGUUAUAAACUCAGAACUGCUUUAGAAAGUUAUGGGUUAGUAAUAAGGUCUCAACAUUUCCUUUCACCCUUUUGUGUUUGGGGAACAUUGUUAUGUUAUAUUAUAUAUAUAUAUAUAUAUAUAUAUAUUGCAAAGUUUAUUGACAAAACAGUGACUUGUGAUAAGUUACUGGCGCAACACAGGCCAAAACGCGCACGUGGAACAUAUUGUGCAGUUUGUUAAUUUAAUUUACUCUACUGUACUACUUAGUGUGCAAACCCUUUGUACAAUUUGUAAAAAAUUGUUUUAUUUCAAUUUACAUACGUUAGUCCCGAUCAAUGUUUCGACCCAUACAAAAGGGUGAGUGCCAAGGAACACUAUAUGCAUAUAUAUAAUAUUACACAAGAUCCAGCGCACUCGCCCUAUUUAGCCUUAUACUGCAGAGAGUCCCAGAUGGAAUUUUUUUUUCCCUAGUAAGUGGGUUAAUCUCAUAAGAGCAGACAUUAGGCUGUUAGAGUAGGACCUGCCAAAGAUGGGGUACAUUGAUGUCGUGGCAGGCUUAUGCAAUGUAUGAUCAUAUAAUGUAACUAAACCCCCAUUAUUUUUCCCUAGAUUAGGUGUUUAAAAAAAAAUAAAAAAAUCUUUCAACAUUGAAGUUGCUGUUUAGUGGAUAGGGGAGUGCACUGGACCUUGUGUAUUGUAUAAUUUGGCCCCCAGCAGCACCCCCAUUUAUGCAUAUUCCUUACACAAGUAUUAAGGCCGUUUGGCCUGUAUUUGUGGGAGGGGCUUAAAUUAAUUCACUCCCCUAUAUAAGGUACACCCUAUACCUGACUCCACACCGAGCAAGGUCAGCAUCUGAAUGACCCUACCACCCACUCUUCAUUUACAACACUUUCUUUUUCUUUCUAUUUUCUUUACUUUUUAUUACUCCUUGGUGGGCCCUCUUUAUUUACAGGCCUACCGUAUCGUCGGUAUCGGCACACCAUAACCGACUUUGCGCCAGCGCAUUAGACCUCUCCAUAGGAAACCAUUGAAAAUGCACAGUGUGAGGACGUCCAGUGACUCUAUAGCACAGAAAACCUGUGCUAUAGACCAGGAAGUGUCCUCUAGUGGCUGUCUAGUAGACAGCCACUAGGGGAGGACUUAACCCUGCAAGGCAAUUAUUGCAGUUUAUAAAAACUGCAAUAAUUACAGUAGCAGGGUCAAGGGUAGUGGGAGUUGGCACCCAGACCACUCCAAUGGGCAGAAGUGUCCAGAAAUGGGCAGGAGUGUCCCUUUAAACAUUCCAGAGAAAUAGUGCCUUGUACAACAAUAUCUCAUGAUCUUAUGUUGAUCUAUUCAAUUAGACUAAAUUGAGAGCAAAACCAUUUAGUUUUGGUCCUAUGACUUGUGGUAACCGAAAUAUUUCUUUAUGUGGUUCUCAUUUCCUUCUGCGUCUAUAUAUAGUGAUACCCAGAUAGCUACAUGGUUACAAACCUCAGAAGUCCAAGGUUACAAGAUUUGCCAUGUGACCAGCAAUGCUUAUAAAAUAUUUAUGCUGCCGAGCAGUUAUGGUAAACACAUAAGUUCUUUUAUUUUAAAUCCAUAUUGAAUUCCAUCUGUACAUUGCCCUAGAAGGAUUGCUAGUAAAUGUAUAGAUUUCGAGAAAAACAAAAAAAUGAGUCGUCCCCAUCCCCUCUCCUCCUCAACUGCUGUGGCCAGAAAGUGUAUGCCCUCUUACGAUCAUGCAGCACUUGGGGAAACCUACAAAAACUAGCUGCCUGUAGUUUCACUUUCUGCUUGCAGUGGUCUUUUUCCUAUCUCUUCCCUCCUUUAACAUUUUUUUUCCUUUAUAUUUUACUGAUUCUGAAAAUUCAGUCCGGAUCAUAACUCUUUAAAGGAACACAAUAGUGUCAGGACUUAAAACGUAUUUCUGACACUAUAGUGGUGGUGUAGGCUGUUUAGGUAACCAGCCCCACUCCAAAGCCUAGAAGAGAGAAUUUUACUUUUGUUUUAUUUUUUAUUUUAUUUUUUUCUAUGCUGCACUGUUCUUGCUGCGGUUAGCCCUGCCUCCAUGGCAGUGAUCAUACAUUUUGAUGAUCUCAGGAAAGCAUUGGAGGUUGUUGCGCAUGCACAACAAAACACCACAUUGCAUCAAUCUGCAUCUAUUCAUAGAGCUGCAUUAAAUCAAUGCAUCUGUAUGAGGAAUGCUCAGCGCCUCCAAGCAGAGCGUGGAGAUGCUGCACGCUGUGUAACACUGGACUAGGAAGCACCUCUACUGUCCUUUUGAGUGACUGCUACUAGAGGUGUUACUUGCCAGCAGUAUAAACACUGCCUUUUUUUCUGAAAUAAUGGAUAAAUACUUCCUUUUCAGCAAAUAGCCCAGAUAGGAUUUUUCUACAGUGAUGUUUUGAACCAGGAUAUGGCUGAGAUUUAUUCUCUAAUCCUGUAUAAAUGGAAUUCAAUAUGGAGUUAAAAUAACUUGUGUUUACCAUAACUGCUCAACAGCAUAAAUAUCUGAUCAGCAGUACUUGUCAAGUAGUAAAUCUUGUAACCUUGAACAAUCCGUUAUGUAACCAUGUAGCUAUCUGGGUAUCACUAUAUAUAGGCGUAGAAGGAAAUGAGAACCACAUAAAUAAAUCUUUCAUUUACCACAAGUCAAAGGACCGAAAUUAAAUAGCUAUAGUGUCCCUUUAAAUAUACGAUCCAUUUUCUGUUGGUUUGCUUAUACUUGUCUCAGAGUAAAAAAAAAUUAAAAAGGAAAAAAAAGUCCCUUCCCCACCUGUCAUUCUGUUCUUCAGCAUAGAGAAUUGCCCUGCCUGGGUCAUUGUCACCAACUAGGGCCAAUCCUUUUACACUGCAGCUAGAAUGAAGGAGUUAUCAGUGGUGGAUGUUGCACUCUAUUAAGGGAAUUAACUCAUGUGGCAGGUGAGAUUUCACUUAAUGGCCAUUGGAGUUAUAGUAAAAACCUCCAGUUAUUUACAUGUGCAUAGGGAUUUGGGAGCGAACGCAACUAACUCUCUUUUCUUUGGUUUUUAACUGUAUGUAUUGGGGCUGAUGUGUACUAUGGUCAUUGCUGCCACCUUGGAGUAGUGGGAGUUUGAGCGCAGGACUUUUUUGUUUAUUGGAAAAUAAAGUGUUUUAAUUCCUCAUACACAUACUUAUUCCAGACCUUUCUGCAUAGCUUUGUAAAGCAAUUCUUCUUGAGAUUUCUGUUAAAAAAAAAAAAAAAAAAUCCCCGCCUUUCAGGGUGCCGUUUUAAUAUUCACAUAAAUAAUGAAGAAUCUUUUUUUUAUUAAAAUUUUAGUUUUGUGUUUUUGUUUUUUUUCUUUAUAGAUGAAAAACUGGAAAAGAAGAUAUUUUAUUUUAGAUGAGAACACAAUAGGAUAUUUUAAAUCCGAAAUGGUAGGUUCUCCUUUAUUGCUUUAUUACAUUAUAGGAUGGAUAAGCUGUUCAUUUUUGGACUUUAAAAUUUUUUUUUAUUUUUUUUAAAUUUCUUGUCUCCCCUUUAUCACAGGAGAGGGACCCUCUCCGCCAGAUACAGUUAAGGGAAGUGCAAAAGGUUCAAGAGUGCAAACAAAGGUGGGAAAAUAUAUAAACUUUGUUGAACAAAAUAAAUACACCUGUACUUGUAUAACUGCCCAUAAUACCUGCACCAUGAUACUAACCUUUCCAAACCAUUUUGUGUAGCCUAGAAUCAUAAAACUUAAUGUCUCCUUCAAAAUAUGUUCUAUCCUAAAUGUUAGCUGCAUGUGCUUGUUUCUGGAUUUUGUUACAUUUGAGUUUGAAUGGAGUACAAAUUUGGUUAUGUUGCUUAGAGGGCCCCUUUAAAUUGAAAUGUUCCUUUUUCAUAUAGUUUUGCUGGCAUAGAUCUCUUGUGUUUGCAGAAUACACAAAGAGGCUUUUUGUUGGCCUCAUGUUACGAUAUUACACUUGGUACACAAGACAUGAGUUUACAUUAGUAACAUGAAGUGUCUUCUCUUGAAUGCUGUGUUUAACCAUAUUUCUUUUUUCCAUCUGUUUUCAGUGAUAACAUGAUGAGAGAUAACCUUUUUGAAAUUGUAACCAGUUAUCGAACAUUUUAUGUGCAGGUACAGUUUUUAUUUGAUGCUGCUAAUGGACCAUUAGACAUAAAUCCAAGAGACAGAGCAAAAUUACUUUUUUAAAGUUGAGUGUUCUCAUUUGUUUCGAAUUCAUCGAAUGGUCGUUUUGAAAAUGAAAGUAAUAAUAAAUUGUAAUAUCUUUGGUGAUGGUCUAGGAGAAUUCAUUACUUGUUGGAUAAUACAUACCCCAAGAUGUCACUAUAGUGUAAGCCCGAGUAGUUGAGAAUUGUAAUGGGUAAAUUUCAUUGGUUGCUUUUCCUUUUUUGAUGUGACUGUAUUCUGUCUUGUCAUCGCAGUUCUAAAAGUUAAGGGAAUUAUUGGCUAAAAGCUUGGCAACAAUGAAACUGAAUUAUUUAAAGAGGGUCUAACUUUUGUUUUUCUUUCUUUUUCUUUAACACAGGCUGACAGCCCAGAGGAAAUGCACAGCUGGAUUCGAGCCAUUUCCGGUGCAAUUGUGGCACAGCGUGGACCAGCUAGAUCUGCAGCGUCUGUAGGUAUCUUCCUCCAAGCACAUCAUUACAAUGCAGGCCAACGCUGUUUGUAACCAGUAUUUCUCAUUGCUUAUUUAUGGCAGGAUAAUGGAUUCAAUCUACUACCAACCCCUAAUUUCCAGAUAUCUAUGUUGUGUAAUGUCUGCUUCUGUGUAUACAAUGUGACCAUGUUGGCAAACCUAUUCUGCAAGUUAACUUUCAUGGUUUGGGGGGUUUUAACACAUUAUUUUACACAUUUUGUUAAUGAGUUGUUUUUGAAUUUCGGUUCCUAUAGUGUUAAAACAACCAUCUACUCCAACCUUGCCCCUUAGAUAUAGUAAAAUCUUACCUUUAUUCCAUUCUGCUCCAUUCCAAGCCAAACACAGCCCUGGCCAAUCAGCUUCUCCUCAUAGAGAUGAAUUGAAACCAUGAAUCUCUAUGAGGAAGGUCCAGUGUCUCGAUGCAGAGGGUGGGCACACUGUGCAGCAUUUCCCCAGAAAGCACCUCUAGUUGCCUUCUAAGGAAUGGCUAGUGGAGGUAUCUCUAGGCUGUAAUGUAAACACUGAAUUUUCUCUGAAUAGACGAUGUUUACAACAAAAAGCCUAAAGGGAAUGAUUCUACUCACCAGAACAAAUUCAAUAAGUUGUAGUUUUUCUGGGGUGUCCUUUAAAGGACUGAUUUGGGAACCAAUGUUCUAAAGUAUGGAUUGUUGGGGAUACUAAGUGAAAUGCAAAAUGUAAAUGUAUUAAAAAUGUAAUUCACUUUGCAUUCUGAGAACUCACAUUUUAAUGCAUAACUCUGACAAUGUUAUCCUGGAAACACAUUUACAUAUUGUGAUGGGCAGCACACAAAAUGUCAGCUUCCGGUGUGGAGAAACUCAAUGCUGCACUCAGGAAACUGGUCACAUGUGAUUAUAAAUGCUACAUAUUAGACCAACAAUUUCAGUACUGCCCAUAAUCUUGAGGUUUUAUGUGUCCAGCAAAAUCUAUUUUUGGCAAGUAUAUCUAGCAAAUGAUUCCACCUUCAAGUAUGUCGUGUUGGCAAAAUCACCUGGAAAUGUAUUGCCAAGAAUAUAUUUGCCUUUAAAAAAAAAAAAAAAUUCCUGCUUGUGUCAAGAUGGUCACAUGGCCAGUGUGAAUACUCACACCCACUGCACUUCCAGAUGUGUGAAGCAUCUCACCAUGUUUGGCAUGUGGCUGUAUGCCAACAGUUAUGAGAUGUCACAAUCUCACUCAUCGGUAGGACAACUCAUGAGCUUCUGGUCGUCAUGUUUGACUGAAAUGUCUCAAACUGAAUUUCAAAUUUUAAAGACAAAAUAGCUGAACCGGAAACAUUCUUCAAGUCCGCUUUCCUAGUUCUAGUUUGGCAUUCACUUUACAUUCCUAACAAUUCUUUAGUAAAUAACCCAGACUGGUUCAAGAAUCACUACUCCAAGGAAUGGUUCAAAUGUGACUGCUAUUUCUGCUUAAGUUAAACCGGGUAAUUCCAAAAUCAUGAACUAUUUCAUUUAUGCAUAUUCUUAGUUGGAGUUAUACCUAAAACGCUCUUGUGCCUGUGACAUGCUCUAGAUACACAGAGCACUUUAACAAGCUAAAGAAUCAGUCUACCUAUGGUGUAAACUCCACCUUUCUAGCUAUGUGUUUUCUUGUAGUAUUUUCAUUUCUCAUUCCUUACGUUAAGGUAUGUGAGCAUUUAGUGUUGGCUUCGUUGUUAGACUAACACCUUUUUCCUGACAUUACCUGGCAAAACAAUGUCAUGAAUAUGUAUGGCCUGAUAGAGAUGGCAUGAUCGAGCAAAGGUGCAUUUUCUUACAAAUAAAGUACGUUGAGGUUGUUUUUUUGCAGUUGUAAAAAAAUUACUCACAAGGUAAUUAUUUAGGGAAUGUGGACAAAAAAACAAACAAGUGUAUGUAACAUAACAUCUAUAUUUUGAUAUUUGUGGUUAAAUUAGGCUACUGUUACAGUUGUCGUAAGUAUAAACAUAAAAACAUUGUAUUAAUACAUAAGUAAGCCUUAAACUCAAUGCAAUACGUUAAGAUUUCUAUUGUUUUUGUUUAUGGUUUGGUUCCUUCUGUUUUCCAUGCUGGUUUCAUAGCUGCCUCCACUCACGUGGUGGGAUGAAAAGGAAAGUGUUUCUUUGGGUCUGUUAGCAGCAGUUCCUUCCCAGGGCUGACCUCCUUGGAACUCCUACAUUUGUGGUCAGACUGGUCUGAUAUUACAUACACAUUUUACCCUUUGAUCUCUUCCACCCAACUAAAGUAGAAAAUUCGGGAAGUUAUGGUAGAUUCUCAAAUUUGUUGACUGUUUCUUGGCUUUGGAGACAGGUGUUAAUUACAGAGUUUAUGCAUAUCUGAAGAACGGUCAUCUCCCUCAUAGAUGGCUAAAAAAUUUGUUUACACCAACCCUGGAAGGGGACAGAUUAUCUGCGGGAGAAGUUUCAAUCUCACUGUCUUCAUUCAGGUGUUGUGAAAUGCAAAUAGUUCUCUUUACACCCUUAAAGGAAUAUUAUAGUGAUCAGAAGCACUACAGCUUUGUUGUGGUUCUAGUGGCUAUAGCCUGUCCUUGCAUGCUGAGUAGUGUAAACACUGCCAUUUUAUAGAAAAGUCGGUACUUGCAUUACUGCCUAGAAAUACCUCUAGUGGCAGUCACUCAGAUGACCACUAGAGGUGCUUCCUAUCUCCGUGCACCUACAUUCCGUGUCUCCACGCACUGCAUGGAGAUGCAGAAUGCUCCCCAUAGAGAUGUAUUUAUUGGUGCAAUGCAUAUGUAAUCACCUCCUAAUGCUUUCCUAUGGGAAAGCAUUGGAUUGGAUAAUAAAGAUUGGUCUCCGUCAUGGAGGAGAGACAAGCCACGGCGAGACAGGCGUAUUGUAGGAUAAAAGUUAAGUUUUAAACUCCUUUCCCAUGCAGUUAAAUAGUCUGACACUAUAGUGUUUCUUUAAAAGGAUACCGUAGAUACCCAGACCACUUCAGCUCAUUGAAUUGGUCUGGGUGCUGUCACUUUUGCACCUAGUGCUGCAAUGUUAGUUCCAGAGAAACGUCAAUGUCUACAUUGAAACACUAAGUAUCCCAGACAGCCACUAGAGGGCUUCCUGAAUUGAAAAAGAUCUGUUGCGGUAUCUGAUGCUGAACGUCCUCUGGCUCUGCAUGAGGACCUCCAGUGUUAGUUUUUUUUUUCCCAUAGGAAAGCAUUGAUUUAAUGCUUUCCUGUGCAGAGAUCUAAUGCAAGAAAACUAUAUUUGCUGCGCAUGUGCAUUAGCCCCCACUCGUGAGGGGGGGGUGGGGGGGGAGCGUCUCUCCAUUGCCAAGGGACAACAAUCCUGGGAUAAGAAAAGUAGAUAAAGGGUUUUUAACCCUUUAUUUACCGGUGAGGCAGAGGGAGCUAUAGUGCCAGUAAUAUAGUUUUGUAUUCUUGGCACUUAGAGUAUCCCUUUAAUUAGAUGUUACCAGAAAGCUUUAGCCAUUAGCAAAUAAAUGACCAAGACCAGAUGCCCAAUAACACUGUCAUUAUACAUGUAACAAACUGGUUACAGGUUUAUUAGACAUAUCAAUUUCUAGUUAAGACAUAUCUUUUUCUUAAACCGUUAUCCAUCAGACAUAUUGUUCACCUGGGUACCGGGUGUAGCCCUUUAAUGUGUAUAAUCAGUCUGCCUUUUCCAAUGAUUGUUUGAUUUGUACUUUUUUUUUUUUUUUUUCUAGUUUUGUUCGCAUAUUAUGUUUUUUGCUUUUAUUACCCUGUUUCUCAACCCUACCCUCCUCAAGGUUUGUCUAAUUUCCAACCUGCCCUGUCUCCCCGCAGAUACGACAGGUCAGACGCCUUUCGAACCCUUGUAUUUCGAGGUACAGGCAGCAGCGCAUGUCCACAUUACUGACCAAUCGCUGCCUCUCCCAUCAUGUAACCAUGCCCACAUUCACAGAACCAUCACCCACCGCACAUUAACUCUACGCUGUUCAUCUGUGACCCUCGAGAUGUUAAAAUACAGCUCCCAUUUUUUAUCAUCUCUAAAUUCCUGAGACUUUGAAGGAUUAUGGGAAUUGUAGUACAUAAUACUGGUGGUCCUCUGUUGUACAGCCAUGCAUUAACUCAGUCCACUGGUGCAGUUUGUGCAUAUAUAACUCUAUAUGAUUGUGCUUGCAUGUUUUGUGUAUAGACUGUAACUGAGCAUGUACCACGUCUAAAAUCAUGCAAUGUUAAUAAACCUCACCUAUUAACAGUGUGACCUGAAAAUUGCUAGACAGAUUUCCUGGAACCUUAAACCUUUGGUUAAUGUAACUGCUAAUGUAUAUAUUAUCAGCAGGUUAUGCUUCCUUGACAAGUUGAGCCGUUAUCGCUGAUUUUGGCAGUAAGCAUACUUAGAGUAUAGCGGUCUGGACAUGCUGGCAAAUAUAGCAAAUAUAUCACCUCAGCACCUUUUGACUUGUAGGAUCCAUUUCAUGGAUUUUGGGGUAUGCUAGGAGUAGACUACCCAGUUAUUUUCAGACCUUUUAAUAGUCCUUGAGGAUUUCUUUGAGAACUCUGGCUCUCCAAGCUGCAUAAAUACUCCAAGCUCCAUAAUUACAAACCCCUUAUUAUAUAUGUUGUUCAGCUGUGAUUAGAAUAAAUGCAUUGAAUGUCCAUCCAUGCUUCCUAAUUUGCAGCUGCUCUGACUCACUUUGAAUCUUAUUUGUUUGGUUUUAAAGUUUUACCCAUCCUCAUUCACGGUACUGUAACUAAUAAUUCUCUGUUCUUUGCAGGAGGCCUCCACCUCACACUCUGACUUCAACCUUCCCUUUCGCGCCAGCAGUGUCCCACACUCAGCCGCCAGACUUCAGCUCUCUGACCCAGGGCCCUCUUAUCGUGAGAGAGAGGAAUAUAGCACAGUCUCAAAGACCCAGUCAGGACAUCUCAAGGUCCCGGCUUUCUCUGCAAGAAACGAGUCUAGCAAAGUAGGCCCCUACAUGCCAAGUGCCCAGCAUGUCUUAUUUCCAGACCACGUGGAUCUUGAUGAUCUCAGCCUGCCAGUCACUGAUGUCUAAACUUCUUUAUCGUCAACUACGCAGAAGAAGGGAUCCUGGAGCAACAUGCAGCUUUACCUAUAGUUCAUCUCGAUUCAAGCCUCCAUCUUCUGACCCACCUCUUGCCUCCAGUAGGUGCCACCAGAUUUUGCUUUGACAGGCCUGUCACUGCAUAUGAGUGGCUCGUAGAAGCUAAAGACGCACAUUCCCUGUAAAACUGUUGAACUUUCUUCUCCUGUAGCUGAAACGAGGGUUAUAACUAGGAUUUCCGUUUGUAUGGAACUGUGACUUGGGUCACUGCAUGUGAGCAUGCCAAAUAUGGUGUAGAGUGCCUUGUUGCUCUUACAAAGGGUUAUUUAAAACUGUUGAUUCUGUGAGCUGUAAAAUGUGGCAUAAGCUAGACUUGCAUCUAAUCCAUGAGUGAUACAGAGUAUGGGAUUUUAACUGCUUUUAAAUCUCUAACUCAGUAUUUAUAGUACUCAUAUUAAUCUCUUUGCACCUGGAGAAAGAUGCAAAGCAAUAACCAGUCUCCUUGAGGGCAGAAGUAGGUAAUGUUGAAAUAUGUGACCCUUCUUAUAUUUUGCACAUUCUAUGCCAGUGCCACAAGUGGAAAAGGCUGUCGAUGAAUAGCGUUCAUGAAAACCAUUUUUUAUAUCUAUAGCCAUAUCUAUAGAAAGAUUUUAUUUUAUAUUAUAAAAUCUGUAGAUAUAGCUAUAAAUAUAUAUAUAUUUUAUUUAUAUUUUGUUGUAUCUACCAGGUGUCGGGUACCACCAAGAGCUGGAUUUGUUAAAGCUAUUUUGUAUUAGAGCUCUGUGCCUCUUACAUGGUUCAAAGUUGUUGUGGUUAUUAUACCUGGUUUAUUAUUAUUUUUCUUUUGAGCCAGAUCCUGUUUCUGCACUGUUGGUUUUUGUCUCAAGUGCCUGCUGAACUCUUGCUUAAUUUUAUUUUUAAUUUUUAAGAUUUUUGUGAAUAGCUGGAUAUUAAGCGAUCUGCUGUAGCCCUGUGCUUCCUUUCAAUUACUCCUGGUUGGAAACGUGUUUUUUUUAUUUCACAUAUCCCCCACCCCCCAUUUUUAUAAUUUUUUGUGGGUGAGUUCUAAUUUAUAAAAGUCUCUUCCUAGAUGUGGGUGGUGCAUACACCCAGUUGAAAUAUAACUGUAUAUCACUUGAAAUAAACGUAUUAAUUUUCAGUAA